UUGGUGAUGUGCCUUUGGCAAGACGUCCUUAAUUAGAAAUUCCUCGAGAGCUGUUCCCAGUAGGUGCUUCCUAAGACAAAAUAAUUUAGCAGCGAAGCCCUUGCUAAGGAUACUACACAGGUGAAUGAAAGAAAGAAUUUGCCAACAGCAAGAGAGGAAAACUGUCAUGAUGGGGUGUUGGAUGUUGAAUGAGAGUGUCUCUGUCAUAUUAGCACUCUUAUGGUUGGGAGUUAAUUUAUAUCUGUUUAUCGACACAUUCCGUUGGUAUGGAGAGGAAGAGUCUUUCUUUUAUACACGAGUGAUUCUGGGUUCAACACUGGCUUGGGCAAGAGCAUCUGCAGUCUGCCUGAAUUUUAACUGCAUGCUAAUUCUAUUACCAAUCAGCCGAAACCUCAUUUCAUUUAUAAGAGGAGCAAGUAUCUGCUGCAGAGGACCAUGGAGAAGACAGUUAGACAAAAACCUCAAAUUCCACAAACUGGUCGCCUAUGGAAUAGCUAUUAAUGCAACCAUCCACAUUGCGGCGCAUUUGUGCAACCUGGAGCGCUACCACCUGAGCCAGUCAGCAGAAGCGGAGGGACUUCUGGCUGCACUUUCCAAACUUGGCGACACCCCAAAUGAGAGCUACAUCAACCCCAUCCGGACCCCCCACACAAACACGACCACUGAGUUGCUAUCGACAAUCGCAGGCAUUACUGGCCUGUUGAUCUCUCUGGCUUUAAUCUUAAUCAUGACCUCUUCCACCGAGUUCAUUAGACAGAUCUCCUACGAGUUGUUCUGGUACACACACCACAUGUUCAUCAUCUUCUUUAUCAGUCUGUCUAUCCACGGGGCAGGUCGGAUCGUGCGAGGCCAAACUCCCGAGAGCCUCUUGCUACACAACGUCACCUUCUGUAGAGACCACUAUGCCGAAUGGCAGGCAGCUGCCCGGUGCCCGGUGCCUCAAUUUUCUGGCAAGGAGCCUUCGGCUUGGAAAUGGGUUUUAGGCCCUGUGGUCUUGUAUGCAUGUGAAAGAGUAAUUAGGUUCUGGCGAUUUCAACAAGAAGUUGUCAUUACCAAGGUGGUAAGCCAUCCGUCUGGAGUCCUAGAACUUCACAUGAAAAAGCGUAACUUUAAAAUGGCACCAGGGCAGUACGUCCUGCUACAAUGCCCGUCCAUAUCCUCACUGGAAUGGCACCCAUUCACCCUCACCUCCGCACCCCAGGAGGACUUCUUCAGUGUGCACAUCCGGACAGCAGGAGACUGGACGAGAGCUUUACAUACGGCCUUUGAGGCGGAGGGACAGACCAUCAAGGAGCCCCGGAGCCUGCCAAGGUUGGCAGUGGACGGGCCAUUCGGAGCGGCGCUAACAGACGUGUUUCACUACCCAGUGAGUGUGUGCAUCGCUGCGGGAAUCGGGGUCACCCCCUUCGCUGCUCUUCUGAAAUCGAUAUGGUACAAAUGCUGUGAGUCACAAACCCAGCUGAAGCUGAGCAAGGUGUAUUUCUACUGGAUUUGCAGGGAUCCCAGUGCUUUUGAGUGGUUUGCUGAUCUCUUACUCUCACUGGAAACACGCAUGAGUGAGCGAGGGAACACUCACCUUCUCAGUUACCAUAUAUUUCUUACUAGCUGGGAUGAAAAUCAGGCUAUUCACAUAGCUUUACACUGGGAUGAAAAUACUGACGUGAUCACAGGAUUAAAGCAGAAAACUUUCUAUGGAAGACCCAACUGGAACAAUGAGUUCCGGCAGAUAGCCUACCAUCACCCCAGCAGCAGCAUUGGCGUGUUCUCGUGUGGGCCAAAAGCUCUCUCAAAGACCCUUCAAAGGAUGUGCCGCUUAUACUCAUCAGCCGACCCCAGGGGAGUCCAUUUUUAUUACAACAAAGAAAGCUUCUAGACAUUGGAGAUAAAAAUGCAUGUAUUGUGUAAGUGGGUUUGAAAUUUUUCCUGUUAAGGGCCAAAUAGUAAUGAUUUUAGGUUCUGUGGACCACGUGGUCUCAGUCACAACUGUUCAGCUCUGCCAUUAUAAUAUACAAACAGAGUAGCCACAAACAAUACGUCAGUGAAUGGGUGUGGUUGUGUUCCAACAAAACUUCAUUAAUGAGCACUGACAUUGAUUUUCAUAUAAUUUUCUGAUGUCAUGAAAUAGUCUUCUUUUGAUUUGUUUUCAGUGAUUUAAAAACGUAGAAGAAAUUCUUAGCUCAGAGGUUAUCCAAAACCAGAUAGUGGACCAGUGGGUAAUUUGCUGACCCCUGAUACAGAGAAUUUUUCCCAGACGUGUUAUCAUGCUUAACAGUAUGGGCAUUGUACAACCUGUGUCAGUUUACCACUUAAAUAAAACAAUGUUUAAAAAAUAAAUAGAAAUAAAUAAAUAAGUAAUAAAAGCCCUUCCUCUGGUCUUGGCAUUCUAGUUAUUGUUCUUGCAGAAGUCCUGUGCAAAACAAGGUGUCUCCCUACUCUUCCUUCCAAUUCUGUACCACUCCUAAGAACAUUCAAGCUUCCAGGAAGCUCCUGGACCACUUCUAACCGCUAGAUGGCCAAGCUACAGGGUGAUUAUUUCCUUAGGCAAGCAAACAUUUCAACCCUCUAAUGUAGUAUUUCCUCCAGCUGGAAUAUCAACAAGAAGUCCUGUGGGGAAGAGCACUGCCAAAACUCUCGCACGGAGGAAGGGACUGGUAAACUGACACAUGUUGCACAAUUCAACAUGGAGACUAGCAUGGUGGCUCGGAUUAUAACCUCCUCUAGAAGUCAUUUCAAAUUUCCAUCACCCUGAUGGCAGAGACAUCUGCCUUAUAUCCAAAGCUGAUCUUUUCUGCUUAAACGUAAGCUCCUUUGUGCUUUUUCUUUUUUUUUUUUUUUGAUCUCUAUAGACCUGAGAAAUCACUAAUGGGGGUUAUCUUUCACAAAAAUCUUUUAUAUACUUGAAAAUGACAAUAAAAUCAUCCUUUCCCUAUCGGUUUUCUAGUCUAAACAACACUGAAUUCUUAACCUUUCAUCCUAGACAUAUAUUGUAGCCCUUCAAUCAUUCUUGUUGCUCUUCUUUAAAUCCAUUUCCAUUUCAUCACAUCCUUUUAAAAUGUACUGACUAAAAUGAGACAUAAGAUUCUAAUACAAGCAUGACUAGUACUAAGUAGAUGAGUGAUAUUUUAGAUUUUGUAUGCCAUAUGCUUUUCAAUGCAACUAAAUUCUGUUUGCCUCUCUAUUUUUUCCUCCCUUUCUUCCUUCCUUAUGUCUUUCUCACUUUUAACAAAUACUUUUUAUGACAACAUUUUGAUCUAUGAUCAUUUUGACACUUAUACUCCAAUUCACCCUCUGCCUCACAAACAUAUUGGGAUUCUAUUUUAAAUUAAAUACUCCCACUGAGCUAAUCUUUCCAUACCCUGCAGCUGUCUUACCCCAAAAGUGUUCCCAAAAUAUUCUUCACAUCACCUAGUUUUUUCUACUAGUACUGGGGAAUUUUUUUUUUUAAUUUUUCUAAUAUGUCAAAAUUGUUUUGAAGUUUAACACCAGAGGCUAAAUACUACUAUUUAGCUUAGUACUAUCUACAGAUUUCAUUAGUAAUAUCUAAAACUUUUCUUUAGAUUUUUAUUCAUGGUAUUGAAUCCAAAGAACUCCACCAUUCAUUCUUGCCACUACCUGUUAAUAUAAGCUCUCAAUUGGGAAGAGUUCAUGAUAACUAGCCAUUGAGAACAGCACACCACCCGAUACUUCCUUAGCUUAUAAAUAACAUGCCAUAUACAACAGAACAAAACACUUAUGGAAAUUAAAAUAGACCAUAUUUUACAAAUGUUCCUUAAUGCAUCUUAUGCUUAAUUCUAUUAUUCUGUCAUAAAAGAGAAUUAAACUGCUCUGACAUGAGUUGUGUUACAAAAUCAGGUAGCCACUUAAACUCUUUUAGGUAUUUCUAAAUUAUAAAUUGAUCCAUUAUUUUACUUUAUCCUCAGAUACUGACAUUGAUUCUAUGAUUUUAAAAUAUACUUUAAGAACAAUGUUGGGUAUAUUCCCUGAUGUCUCAAAAAUUAUUUCUAGUAACUCUGCAUUGCAAUUUCUCACUAUCUUUAAGUAAGUAUUGCUUGAUGCAUAUCAUUCAAACUCUAUUCAUUUUAGUUCACCCAAUCUUUUUGUGUAUUUAUUUCCCCACUUAAUUUUGAUUCAGUCUUUAUAACUAGGACUUUCUGCAGUCAAAUAUGUAUAUUCCAUCUUUACUUUAGCAGGAAAAUGAAAUACAUUUAAAGAUUUCCUCUUGUUUGUAUUCAAUUAUUACUUUUCUUUCCCUUUAUAUUUGAUAAUAAAGUGCACUCUUUAGUCAACUAAUUUUGUCU